CAGGCAAAUUGUAUACCUAAGGUGCUCAGUGGGCAUGAUGUACUCGGUUGCGCAAAAACUGGAACAGGCAAAACUCUUGCGUUCGUUCUUCCGAUUCUCAAUGAGCUUGCAGUCGAUCCGUAUGGGAUUUUCGCCCUUGUUCUGACACCCACCCGUGAGCUGGCUUCACAAAUUUUUGACCAGUUUGUUGCUCUUGGCAAGCCUGUUGCGCUGAAGAUUGAUCAGGCGAACGAACUAACUGCUCGUCCUCAUGUGGUCGUUGCCACUCCUGGUAGGCUUGCUGAUCAUAUCGACAGUGAUUCCGAAGGAUUAGGACAGUUGUUCAGGAAAAUUCAGUUUUUCGUACUUGAUGAGGCAGAUCAGUUGUUAGACGGCCAGUAUAACGAGCAGUUGAAAUCUAUCUUCCUUUCCAUACCUAAGCAACGGCGUACGCUGCUCUUUUCGGCAACUAUCACAAGUGCCAUCACGAAACUCCACACGGUUACUGUGAAGAAACCUUAUUUCUUCGAGGAUAAGCAGGAAAUUGCGACUGUUGAAAGGUUGGAACAGAAGUUUGUCCUGUGUCCAGUCGCUGUGAAAGAUGCCUACCUGGUAUACGUUGUGAAGAACUAUUGCGAACGAAAUGAGAACAGUUCAGUGAUUGUCUUUGCUCAGACUUGUCGGGAAUGCCAAGCAUUAGCUUAUAUGUUCGAUGCGCUAGGAUUCAAGGUUGCAUCGCUACAUUCACAAAUUGAACAACGUCUCCGCAAUGCAGCGCUUUCCUCGUUCCGGUCAAAAACCUUACGGAUAUUAAUCUGUACGGAUGUGGCAUCCAGAGGGCUUGACAUCACUCAUGUUGAUCUGGUAGUCAAUCACAAUGUUCCCAAAUCGCCGAAGACCUAUGUGCAUCGCGUAGGUCGUUCAGCUCGCGCUGGAAGAUAUGGUGCCGCGUUAACAUUCGUAACUCAGUAUGACAUAGUGCUCCUUCAAGCCGUGGAAGAGCUAAUCGGGAUGAAACUGGAAGAGCUCAAAGUAAGUGACCAAAAAGUCACUCGUUAUGUGACCAAGGUUCUCGUUGCGAAACGGGAGGCUGAAUUACGGUUAGAACAGAACAAUUUUGGCGAGCGAAAGGAGGCCAAUUUACGCAAAGACCUACUGAUGAGUGGAGUCGAUAAACGGAUUGAAGAGAUCAGGCAACCUCGAAAUAACGCGAAGAAAGCACAUUCCAAAGCAGGUGCAGGAGGAAAAAGGCCCAAGUAUGUGUUGGCAGUAAAAAUUUGA